AUGGGGACGGCGAUUCUUCGUUCCCAGGAUUGCCUUCGAGGGCGGCUUCGCCACGAAGCCCUAACCCUAACCCCUCGCUCCGGAUCACGCCGAAGCCCUAAUUUUUCUAACCCGAACCCUAAUCACAGCCCCAACUAUGGCUCUAACGCGAAUCUUCAUCAAUCUCGCCGCCGGAAGAGAAGUCCGAUGGGAUUCCAAUCCAAUCAACAUGAUCGCGCUCGAGAUCGGUACUCUGAUCGCGCCAUGGUUGCGAAGGUCCCGGCCAAAAACCUGGUGAUGGGCCAGGUCAAGAUCCUGAGGCGCGGGGAGGCCUUGAGCCCGGAGAAGAACAACCGAGGACUCGGAGUUGUUACCGGCGAUGCCGGCAAGCCGAAGGCAAAGAGCGAAGAUGUUCCAGAUUUGGUACUGGGAUCGACGGACCGUUUGGGCCCCGACCCGGAGACUGUGCAGAAGCAGAUUAAGGUUGCAGAAUUCAAGGUCAUGGAUGCGAUUUACGCUGGAUCGAGCGCCUUCUACGCGUCUCCACCCCCGAGCUCAGUGCCUUUGCCUGCUUUUUUGGGAAGGAACGGCACGGCGACAAGCGAUCUGCGUCGGCUGCUGCGACUCGAUUCGGUGUGA